CGUCGGCAUGUUCUAUUCAUACACCCACAGCCGCAGGAAGCGAUCUUGGUCAUUGGACGCAUUCGCUGAUGGAAACAACAACCAGCAAGCACCAACAGCAACAACAACAAUCCCAUUUUAUGAACAACUACGAAUCUACUAUCAAAGAAGAACAACAACCUUAUGACUCUUAUGACUAUUUCUAUCCUUCAUCACCCAGUAAUCGCGACGCUACUCUAUUCUCCUCUUGUUCUCCACCUGCUAUUCCAGUCAGCACAACAACAACAACAACAACAACAGCCAAUAAUCACUUUUACUACACAGCAAUGCCUCAGCAAGAGCAACAUUCACUGCCACCACCUCCGCUAUCUCACUCUUCAUCAGAACAAUCACAACAGCACAUUCCUUAUGCACUACCUCCACCUGAUAUGUUUAUGGAUCAUACCAAUGAUAACGACAGUCAUCAUUCUCCUGUGAAAUCCAGUCCUGGCGCGACAAUUGCUGCUGCUGCUGCUGCUGCUGCUGCUGCGGCCGCGGCAGCCGCUGCCACUUCUUCUUCUUCUUCUUCGACUACAAGUACAACAAACCCAUCCGUAUCAUCCAUUCCAUUCAUUUUGUCACACUAUCAACAAAAAGUGUCUCGUCAGAACCAACAACAACAAGAUUCUUACUAUCCAAUUGCUUAAUUUAUAUAUUUCACUCUCUCUCUAUACACAAUUGUCUUCUUCUCACUUGUCUUUCUAAAAUUCUUG